AUGGUAAAUUUGGAGCUAAUCCAGAGCAGUCGGAAUCUCUGCAAAUUGGCGCAGAUAUUGCAGGACAAUAACUUGUCAGAUGAUGAGACAUCAUCCCAAGAAUUAGAUACAUUAAUCGUUGCUAGCCGCAGAGCCCUGACCAGGACUGUGAAUAACUACUAUGCUAUGUCUCCGCUAUCAGCGAUGCACAGUGAGCAGACGAUCGAUCUACAACAAGGCACGGUGUACUUUUUCCGUGACGACUUGCUCAUUGACUUGCAGAAGCUUCCUGGUUUCUUCAAAGAUUGUUUGUUGUCCUCAGGCACUGUGAGUCACCAAAUCACAGACUACUUACGAGACUUUUCAUUACUAAGUAGCGAUGCUGUGCAGGUGCUCAUGGCAAGAGUUUGCUAUCUUGGUAAGGGUGUACUUAGACACUUCGACACUGCCGACAGUCCCCCUCUUGUGUUUGGAAAUUCCAGUGCAUCUAUUUUACGGGAGAUUAUCAAGACAGAGUGCUGCAUACUGAGCUUACUUGUUCAACUCCGGUCACUUGCAGAUUAUAGCUUCCAGGUUUACUCUGCACUCACUUACCUUCUGCCCGCAGCUAUAGUUUCUUUGGAGGAGUGCGGUUAUGAUUCUGUAAAAGCUUUGUCUGCGAUAUUGGACGUCUUACUCUGGGCGAGCGAUGACGGCAAGGCGGUCUUUUACACAACCUUUCGUAUGGCUAUCUUUUCUACAAAGCAGCGCAAUCAAGGAUUAUAUAAUCAAAUACUGCAGCUGAUAGCCGCGAAGAUUGACCUAGUCAUAAAGGAUCCACUCAAGUGCAUGGAUAUCGUUCUAUUGUCGGACCCCCAAUCCUCAAUGCAACAGACGCAGUUUUUAAUAUUUCUACAUAUACUGUGCUCAAGCAAUCUUUGGGAUACCCUGGAACUUACUGACAAAUUGAAGCUUGAACUAUCCAUUCAAGCAUAUUACGCGAUGCUUGUAAAGGAACUCCGUAACCCCUCGGGAUCAACCACCAAUCCCAAUUAUAUGUACGAAGUACAUCUACUAAUUCAAUUCUUAGGGUUGAAAUACUCUACAGAAGUUCGUAAAAAUUAA